AAUGGUGGUAAGAAAUUCAGUUGUCUCUUUGAAUUUGUCGUGCGAUGGUCGAUUUCGUGCGCUCGAGAGUUGGACUCUGUGAAGAAAGAGAAAAAGUGGUAGCAAAAGAAGAUAAAAGACUGCAGAGACAGUGGAGUGAAGGAAUUCUCUGUCGUGACUUUUCAAACGCACGAUUCAGUGUGUUCUGUGGUUAUUUGAUUGAAAGUAUUUAUUCUAAUUUAAGUGGAAAAUUUGUCGAGUUGGUAAAGUCGAUGUUUGACAGUGAAAAGAAAGCUGCUAGUGGUGCAUCUUUGGAAUUUUGAAGAAGUGUAUUGCAAUAGGGGGAUGCUUUUUGAAUGAUUAAAGAACAAUUAGGUGGAUGAAAGUUGACCCAAUUACAUGAACCCGGAACUCUUAUUGCAAACAGUGUCUCUCUCAGCACUCUCACAUCUCUUGUCGUGUAAGAAAAUAGGCAUUACAUAAGUGUUGCACAAAUUCAAUGAGAAGAAAACGUGGAGAUUGAGUGGAAGGUGACAAGAAAGACUUUAUUGUAAGAGAAGGAUGUCUUCGACGGUUCCCGUUGUGUGGUGUGCCGACUCUAGUGGCGAUGGCGGAAAUAAACCAGCGGCUUUUGCUCUUCAUGGGAUUCAACUAGAGGGCAAUAUAACUGAGAAGCAUGUUGCGGUGGUGAAGAAUCUCGUGGCUGCAGCAACUGAGGGGCGCUUGAUCCUGCCGACGGAUUCUGCCCUCGUGCUGCUGGAUUAUGGACUGAGUGUGGAGAGUCGUGUUGUGGAUGACAGGACUAAGAAGGAGGAGGAGAAUCUCUGUUGCGCCAAGUGUUGCUCAAGGAAGGGCAUUCAAUUGAAUAGCAAGGAGGUGAAAGAGCGUCGGAAGAGUUCUGAGGAACAGCAGUCGAGUUGUUCUAGUCGCAAGACCAGUUUUGAUUCUCUCUGUACGGUGAGUUCGUCAGAUUCGGGCUUCAUUGAAGCGGAUAAAGAGAAGGUGGCCAAGAGGAAGGAGAUUGUCCAGCAGUCACACAACAGAAGGAAAUCUCUCGAGGAAUUCCGGGCAAUACUAAGUGAAUUGGAACCGGAAGCGAGUUCCUCAAAAGCUAUGGUGAAGAGUGCUCCAAAUUCUCGAAAGAAGAAAGAAGACGAUGAGAAGAAAUUAAUCUUUACGAAGAAGCUCACAAUCUAUGACAAAUUGAUAAGUUAUGGAACUAUUUAUGAUAUUACACUGAGAAAGAAUGAGAUUUACAACAAAACAUACAAGAAAUAUGACAAAUACAUGACGUAUGGGACAAUCUAUGAGAUUCUGAGGAGACACUCUUUGGAAAGUUACAACUCCUUUAUGCGAAAGAGGAGGAAAUCUAAAACAAUCGCAGCCCACAAGUCUCUAGCCCCAGUUUCCACUGUCAAUACAAUUGAUGGCAGCUCAUGUGGCACAAUAUACGACAUCCUGCAAUCUCUGAAGCAAGACUCCCUGCCAGUGAAGCCAUCAGGGCGGUUUUCAGUGGAAAAGGUCCCAGAGAAACGGCUAGAAGACACUGAGACAUCCACGAAGGCACCACAAAGGCGUUUCUCCAAUGUCCAGCGACCGAAAAUCCCUGAGAUCUGGAAUAUCUUCUCACAGGAAGAGUCCACUCAGGCUCCCAGUGAAGAAUUAUACUCGAGAAUCCACCGAAACUUGCAGAUCUACAAGAGCAACUCACUGGACAUUCUUGCGGGUGGUGAGGAUGAGGCCGGAAAAGAGAGUGCCAUUAAGUUCAGUGUGAAUUCGCAGUUAAAAAAGCGAUCUUUAGGGAAAAGUAACACAAGACGACUAUCGGAAUUUACUCGGGGAGAGUUUCUCAAUGAGAAGCUGUAAGUGAUUGAUAUUUUUUAUUGUUUUUUUUUAUUAAGAAACUUGGAUAGAUUGAUAAGUUGAAGUAGAGAAAAUAUUUUGAAGGUUCCGCUCAUUCAAAAGACCAAGUUAAAGU